AUGUCCGCCUCUCCGUCCGCCUUGCAAUCGACCAAGCGUCCCCUGGAGGACCCUUCUUCACCAUCCGGUCCAAAUGACCAGCCAGAGGCCAAGCGUCCAGCCCUGGAUAAAGUAGUUAAAGGAGAUGACUCCGAGGAGCAUGCGGAAGUGAAGUCUGACUCUGGUGCCGCGAAUGAUGCUGAUGGCCAGGGUGAUACUGUUGUCCCUGAUGCACCUAACUCUAAGGGGCCGCUCAAUGAUAUACAGCCAAUUCAAUCGACUGCUUCUCAUGGCGAAGCAGCCGGGAGCCAGGGCGAGCAACAGCGGCCCCAAGACGAGUCUAACUGGAUUCAUAUCCGUGCUGUAAUUUCCAGCCAAGAGGCUGCCACCGUCAUUGGUAAGGGCGGAGAAAACGUAUCCCAAAUCCGUCGCCUAUCAGGCGCCAAAUGCACCGUCAGCGACUACUCCCGCGGUGCGGUCGAACGUAUCUUGACUGUUAGCGGACCUCAGGAUGCUGUUGCAAAGGCCUUUGGUCUGAUCAUUCGUACUUUGAAUAACGAGCCCCUUGAUGCUGCCUCUACUGCACAAUCCAAGACCUACCCCCUGCGCUUGCUAAUUCCCCACAUUCUCAUCGGAUCGAUUAUUGGUAAAGGUGGUGGUCGUAUCCGGGAGAUCCAGGAGGCCUCUGGAGCCCGUCUCAACGCCUCGGACGCCUGCCUUCCCCUUUCCACUGAGCGUUCUCUUGUCAUUCUCGGUGUCGCCGAUGCUGUCCACAUUGCUACUUACUAUGUUGCUGUGACCCUCGUUGAGCAGCUUACAGAACGAUUUGGCGGACCAGCAGCCUCAGCAUAUGCGACUCGGAGCGGCGGUCCUGCCGGAGCUGUUCCAGGCGGGAUGCAAGUUGUUCCUUAUGUGCCCCAGCCAGCUGGUGGCCAGUAUGGUCACCCGGAUACAUUCAAGCGUCACCAUCCCAACCAAAACAGAGCAGGUGCUGGAGCUUAUGGCGUUCCUUACCUUCACGGACAGCACACUCCUGCUCCGGUGGCCCAGCAGCCAAUGCCCUACGGCGCCCCCCAGGCUCCAUAUGCUGGUGCUGGUCCACACCAGCCUGCUCCUUACGGCGCACCGCAACCAGCGCAGCCACGAGGUGGUCCGACCCCGGCGGCUCCUGUUGGCGGUGCUAUGCCUGGCCAGCCCCUCACUCAGCAAAUUUACAUCCCUAACGAUAUGGUCGGAGCUAUUAUCGGAAAGGGAGGUGCUAAGAUCAACGAGAUCCGACACCUCAGUGGAAGUGUUAUUAAAAUCAACGAGCCUCAGGAGAACAGCAAUGAGCGUCUGGUGACUAUCACUGGCACCCAGGAAUGCAACCAAAUGGCACUUUACAUGCUGUAUUCAAGACUAGAAAGCGAGAAGCACCGCAUUUAA